AUGGCUGACGACUUUGUUGUCGAGAUGCUUGCAGAGUGGGGUUUAGACGUUUUAACAGAUGUUUUUCGUGAGGAGGCUAUUGAUGAAGAAGCUUUAAAAAUUCUGGAUGAGGAAACAAUUAACGUAAUCGUGAAGAAAUCUGGACUAAAGUUAAAGUUAAAAGAGCGGCUAAAAGAAUUUCAGAGAAUCAAUGCGUCGCGCAUGCACGAAAACGAAAAUUCACCUUCAUCAUCCUUUGUGAUACCACAAACUUCCAAUAACUUCUUAAUAAAGGAAUUUGUAACUAUAGACAAUGAUAAACUGAUAAUUCCUGUUGAAGACCAGACAUUAGAAUCAUUAAUAAAUUCGCCAGCUGACAACAUACAUUCAAGUACCUUCGUGAAAGCAGCUGAGGAAAUUUGUGACUUAUUUGUUAAGGAAGAUACACAAACCUUUUAUAUUCCGUAUUGCCCUAAAACGGAAACUUCUCCAAAAAUUCAACCCAAGGGAAAGUUAUAUUCUCGUUAUGUAAAUUUAAAGAGUGCAAUUAAACUUUCUGCGUCUUCGACCUCUAAAAUCAAGCAAGCAGCAGUUGCAAAAGAAAUAUCUGAUGAAGAACAGUCCCAAAUCGCAUUUUUAAGAACAGCAUUGGAACCUCGUGACCAAAUUUUAGUUUACUGGCAAAAUACAUUUGAAAUUAGAAAAGACAGCAACUGCAAUAAAAGUAUUAACGAAUAUUUAAAUUUAUACCCAUUCCUGAAGCUAAGCGCCGGCUACAUUUUGCUAGAGUCUGACUUUGACCAAAUUUACCCGGAUAAAAGAGACAUCAUUUAUACCACUUUUCCUAAACUGGCAGAAGCAAUUAUUAAAGAGGCAGAAAAGAAAAAAGUCAAAUUGCCAUACUUUCGUGACCAAUGCAUGGACUCAAUUACAGAUCAACUUUUCUUGGCAUUACUUUAUUUGCCAUAUUUGUUUUCUCCAACCACAUUAGGUGGUGGUGGUAAGAACAAGUCCAAAAACUGGCGUCCUUCAAAACUAGAGGUCCAAGAAAGUUUCGUGUUGUACAUUUCCAAGAUUGGUUUUCUGAACGAAAAAAUUGAAGAAAGGAAAACUAGACUACAUAGUCUUGGUUUGACUGUACAGCCAUUCAUUGUAUGCAUUGGGGAACAGACAAUUACAUCUUCUUUUGUGGUUAUAGACGACAUAAAAUACAAGCUUGAGACACCCAUUAAAGCAUUGGAUGUCGCUUUUAAAGUUUUCCACACUGUAAAUGCUGAAUAUCCUGCCGAAUGUCAACAUGUUUGGCUUUUGAUUCAGAGGUUGGUUUAUAAUAUAAAUACCGCAUAUGACAAACCCAGCAGUGCAACUACCGCACUAAUCACUGACUUAAAUGAACAAUUAUCACUAAUACCAAAUGUUUUUUAA